UAGACCUUAAGUCUCUCGAGUCAUUGAGUCUUUCAUACAUCUCUUUCAACACCAUUUCAGGCCUGCAGGCAAAAAGCAGAAACUGUAAUGAUAAUAAAAUACAAGUCUAGCUAUUUAUUUAGUACCCCACCCUCACCUCAGUGUCCUCCACUGACCAACCAUUUCUAAACUGUCCUUGCACUCCCAACUGCUUUGUUCUGGUCAUUUCCUUUCUUUUUCUCUUUCUUCUUCUUCUGAUUCUUAAUCUGUGACAUUAUGAACUCUCUAACAUGGAAAGCCAUGGCAUUGGCUUCAAUGAUGUUUCAGUCAUGCAUUUCUUUAUCUUCUUCUUUUCAUUCUGAUAAGAUUGUUAGGCUUCCUGGACAACCCCAUGUGGGCUUUCAGCAAUUUUCAGGUUAUGUAAGUGUGGAUGACAAAAAGCAUAGAGCUCUUUUCUAUUACUUUGUUGAAGCUGAAAUAGAUCCAGCUUCUAAGCCUUUGGUUCUUUGGUUGAAUGGAGGGCCUGGUUGUUCUUCUCUUGGAGUUGGGGCAUUCUCUGAAAAUGGACCUUUUAGACCAAAAGGGAAGGUUUUGGUGAGAAAUGAGUACAGUUGGAACAAAGAAGCAAAUAUGUUAUAUUUGGAGACGCCAGUAGGAGUGGGGUUCUCUUAUGCCACUGAUAGCUCAUCUUAUCUGGCAGUGGAUGAUGAGGCAACUGCUAGGGACAAUCUUGUAUUCUUGAAACACUGGUACAACAGGUUUCCUCAAUAUAGGCAUAGGGACUUGUUUAUAACAGGGGAGAGCUAUGCAGGUCAUUAUAUUCCUCAACUUGCAAAGCUUAUGGUGGAAAUUAACAAAAAGGAAAAGUUAUUCCACUUAAAAGGCAUUGCAUUGGGUAAUCCUGUACUAGAAUUUGCUACAGAUUUUAAUUCAAGAGCUGAGUACUUAUGGUCUCAUGGGUUGAUAUCAGAUUCAACAUUCAAAAUGUUCACUGCUGCUUGUAACUAUUCGAGAUAUGUGAGUGAAUACUAUAGAGACUCACUUUCAACUAUUUGUUCACGCGUUAUGAGCCGAGUUAACACAGAAACCAGUAGGUUCGUGGACAAAUAUGAUGUUACACUUGAUGUUUGUAUUUCAUCAAUCCUCUCACAAUCAAAGGUUUUAAGACCGCAGCAAGUAUCAGAGAGGAUAGAUGUAUGUGUAGACGAUGAAACCAUGAAUUACCUGAAUCGAAAAGAUGUGCAGAAGGCUUUACAUGCUCGGCUUGUUGGGGUUGGCAGAUGGGAAGUUUGUAGCAACAUUCUGGAUUAUGAGCUGCUCAAUCUAGAAAUACCCACAAUAUCUGUUGUUGGAUCACUUGUCAAGGCUGGAAUUCCAGUGUUGGUUUACAGCGGAGAUCAAGAUUCUGUUAUUCCCUUAACUGGUAGCCGCACCCUUGUCCACGGACUGGCAAAGGAGUUAGGACUCAACACAACUGUCCCCUAUAGAGUUUGGUUUGCAGAAAAACAGGUUGGUGGAUGGACUCAGGUUUAUAGUGACAUCCUCUCAUUUGCCACAAUAAGGGGGGCUGCUCAUGAGGUUCCGUAUUCGCAGCCUGAAAGAUCAUUGGUGCUAUUUAAAUCAUUUCUGGAAGGCAAACAUCUCCCUGCAGUUCUAUGAUGGGGUGGUGAUGUCCAAAGAUCAUUUUGACAGGGUGAGAUUGUAAUGUACAUAUUUGAUGUUCUUAUAGUUACUAAAAAAGCAUUCUUUGUCUUUGCAAAAAGGAAAAGGGAAAAGGAAUCAUAGUGUGAGUGUGAUUAUGUGGUUUUCUCAAAAUGCUAUAUAUGUUGAUCUUUGGAUCUUUGAA